GGGCGAGAUCAAGUCGCAGACGGAGGAAGGCAAGAAAAAGAGGAAGAUCUUGACAAACUAAUAAAACCCAUUAAAAUGUCGGGACGGUCCGUGCGAGCGGAGACACGCAGCCGUGCAAAAGAUGACAUCAAAAAAGUGAUGGCGGCAAUUGAGAGGGUCCGUCGGUGGGAAAAAAAGUGGGUUACAGUGGGAGACACAUCAUUACGGAUAUUCAAAUGGGUCCCCGUUACAGAAACUAAACAGAUAUACAAGCCUAAAGUGUCAGGUACUGCAGUGAGGGAACUGAAGGGCUUUCCUACAGAUGUAGUGUUGGAAAAUGCCCGUUCCGUGCUACUGGAUUUUCAAGAUGACAACAGCAACCAGAGUUUCCUAUCAGAUGCCUAUCAGUCUAAUACAAAAGUGGACAGCAGCAGCAACUCCAGUCCACAGCAUGUGAGUGAGGCAGUGAGCCCUUCCCAUCCAUCUUACUUCCGUACAGAGGAUUCCCAGCCGCCCACCCUGGGACAGGAGAGCAUGGAGGGGGAGAGAGAGGCAUCAACGACCAGCAGCGAGGUCACGGAUGAGCCCCCGACUCUAAUUAAAGAAGAUGUGUUGUCUCUCUCUACUCAGGAGGAAGAGGAGGUGAUUGGAGCCCCACCACUUAAAAGAGUUUGUACUGAGCAAAACUCGUCUCUCAGUUAGCACCAUUAUGCUGUACAUCGCAGGUCAAAAGUACGGAAGAAAUUUUGAAAGAGACUGAACUGUACAUUUAAGAGACGUUUUACAGCCUGCCAAAUGCCUGAAAUUCACUUUUGUGAUCAAGAAACAAGCUUCAAAUUUUUUUUUUUUUGUACAUAAAAAGAUUUUACUUGGGUCUUUUCAGGUAUUUUCUUAUGAAGGUUUGUAUUACAUAAAAAUAAAUUGUUAAAUUGCAUGUUUCUCAAUCUAAUUUGAGAAAGAACUUUAUCAGUAUAAUACAUGUGACUGCAUGGAGUGAUGAUUGGUAUGACAAAACAGUUGAAUUUUGAACAUUUUAAUUUGUUUUGUGUUUGCGGCACCCCUAAAGAUUGUACAAAUAACUUUUAUUGGCUUUUUUACUUUGCUUUAUUGUAAAAAAAAUAUUAAAUGCAUGAAGUUUAGGGCAAUUUUAAAUAACAUCUGUUAUCUAUUUCUUGAUUUGUUUAUUAUUUUUCAUUGUACUGCAUCCAAUUACUGAACUUUUUUGUUUUGUUUUUAAAGGAAUGCUUAUCUUUUAUAAAUGGUAAGGUCACCUACAGAUUUGUAUUUUAAAUACAAAAACCUCCACUUUCCAUAGUCUUUGAAGUAUUUUUCAAAUAAUGAAUAUGUUUGUAUGAUCCAUAAACUGGUAAAAAUGUACCUGAAAAUAAAACCACUUUAUUGGAUUUA